GCUACGCCGCCGCCGCCGCCGGCGACGGCGAUCCGUACGGCUACCCGAUUAAGUCGUACGACGCGACCGACAUCCUGCAUCGCGCCGCCAUUGAGACGGCGCGCAUGGAAGGCAGACCGCCGCCGCCGGCGCCGACGCGGUACACGUACAUGGACAACCGCACUGGCCCACGGGUCGGUCCGGGUCUGCGGAAACUCAAGAUCGCCAUUCCACCGCCCUGGCUGCACAACUACAAGGAGAUGCACAAGGUCCUCCGUUAUUGGAGUGAGGAGCAGGCGGCCGACAUAGAGCGGCUGGCGUCACGCAACCCCGCCCUGCAGCUUGACAUUCCGGAGUGCCUGAGUACGGAGACGCUGCUCGCAUCCGGCUACCUGGGUGCGAGGGACUUGCCGGAGGAGGAUUCGGAUUCGGAUAUGGACGAGGAGGGAAGGCCCCUACCCGAGGGGGCCCCACGCGCAGCCAUGGAGUGGCGUGCCGAGGGACCCGGUCACGUACCCGCAUACAGGCACGUCCUGGCCCCCGAUCCUCCCCUGCCGCCGCCCACCCUAUCCUGGGAGCAAGCCCUACAACGAGCAGCCCAAGGCCUCCGACGGCCCCUGCCCGACCCGCUGCCGUUGCCGCCUGCCGUACCUCCCGUGCCGUACCUCAGUGACGAGCAGCUGGCGUGGGAACAAGAGUACGACAAAUCUCAACUGCCGCGGGUACGACGAGUGGAUCCAUCCGAGGUGGAUCUGGUGGAGAUGGCGUGGAACAUCUGGCAGCACAGCCGCCCCGGGGCCGCCAUUCAGCUGUGAGGGGGCCGUCGUACGGUUGUGAGGGGGCCGUCGUACGGUUGUGAG